UUGUUUGCAAGCGGUGCUAAAGAUAAGAUUGACUAAGCCGGUUGUUUGAUACACGUUUCGUUUUUUCUUUUUGUUGGUUUUGGCUUUUAAAAAAUAUUUUUCAUUGAAGUUUGACCAUAUAAUCUAAGUGUCGUCCCGGAAAACUUUUGCAAUCUCUUUUCAAGUUUUAUUAAUUCCGGUUUGCGAAAACAAAAAUUAUUUUGGAGUUUUAAUUGUCUCUACAUUCGCCCCUUAAUUAUGGAUCAGAAACAUGCAAUGCUGUACCCUGACCCUAGUGCAAUGCCCAAUGAUCAACGUAGCUCAGCAGCGGCUGCCAUAGGAUUACCCAUAGAAGCACCGCCUUCUUAUGACAUGGCCACCCGAGCCCCAAUGCCACAAGCACCUCAAUCGAGUAUUGGCUGGGCCACCAAUGGCCCUCCCAUAAGCAAUGCUCCCUCUUCAUCUAGUAGCAGAUACACGGAUUACCCAAAUCAUCCACAACAUCAUCCACAUACUAUUGAUCAGCCACGAUAUCCAUCGCCCCAAAGUGGCACAAAUCAGUCCACUGUAACUGCAAGAGAAUCUCAUGAGACAACCGUUGUUACAGUUCAACCAACUCCGACAACAUUUACCUCACAAUUAGGACCCAAUCCAUCCAAAGUAACCUGUCCUGCAUGUGGUGCAUCGAAGAUAUCGCGCAUAUGUUAUACCCCCAAUUCUAGAACACAUCUAUGUGCUUUUGUUCUAUGUCUUGUAGGAUGGUGUUGUUGUGCCUGCGUGGUUCCCUACUGCAUGAACAGCUGCCGCACUGGCAAUCAUUAUUGUGCCAAAUGCAAUGCCUUUUUGGGCACUUAUAAUCCAAAGACGAAUCUAUUUUGAGCCAAAGGGAAACUUCAAAAACCAGCAAAUAUAUAUAUAAGAUAUUUGGUCAAUCCGCAGAAAUUGUUAUCGGUUGAAAAAAAAAAUGUUUUAGAUCCUAAGCUAGUAAUUUUUUAUAGACUGUGAUUCAAAGAAUCUUGUCGGGCUAAAGUGCAUAUAUCUACCUAUGUAUAUAAAAAAAAUGUUAUCUAAAAUUUAUAUAUUGUAGAUUACCUAUGAUCUUGUUGUUCGAUAUGCAGCGCGUAAACAGCAUCAUCUUCAUUGUUAUAUUCAAGUAAAUUAUGUACUUAAUUUAUUAUUGUUAAUAUUUUUAUAAGAUAAAGCACAACAUCCAACUCCCCCCUGUGCUUGUCCUCUCCUAUAGCCUCUUCUUAUGUUAUGAGAUAUUGUAUUUAGUUUUAGAAUAAAAGAAAAAAAAUAAUUUUA